CUUAUAGAGAUCCAAACUAUUGUUUUUAAAUGGGAAUAUUUCCUUUUUACAAUAAAUUAUUUAUUUAUUAUUUUUUCUGAAAACAUAACAAUAGUUAUAAUUAAAUAGAGUUAUUCAAUUUAUGCUCCAAGGAUAAUAUUGGUCCAUGAUAAUGGAUUUGAAAGAUAUGAGGGCUUUGGAAACUUGACAGUUUUAGAAAUUAAUAUUAAUCUAUAAACAUUUACAUUAAAAUUUGGAAAAUUUAAAAAUAUGGUCUUAAAUUAUCAUAAUUAAAUGAAAAAGUGUGGAUGAAUAUGCCUAUUGGUGAAUCACUUUAUACUUUAAAUUUUUAAACUGUUCAACUUCUAUCAUAAUAUAAUUUGUAACUAUGGUAAUUAAAAUAUAGAUAAUAAGACAACGAGAAAAAGUAUUUUUAUAUUUACCAGUUAUAACACUAUUGUUACUCAAAUUACCUAUGAAAAAUAAUUUUUUAUUUUUAUUUGUUAGUUCUUUUAUAGUUUAUAGCAUUGAAGAUGUUACGGAUUCAAUUUGAAAUUUUUAACUCAAACAUAAAGAAAUAUGUGUUUAUAAAUUUAGCAAUAUGUAUUGUUUUGACGUAUUUCGAAUUAACAAAUUCAGUAAACUUUAUUACAAUCUUCAUUGUCGUCGGAGCUCUGUUAAAGGGGAAAACCAUUUCUGCUAUGCCUUACGCACUCAUCCUAACGGCAAUUGGAUACGUGUUUGACAUUUUUUCUGUUUUUUUCAGCACCAAUGAUUCUGAUAGUUCGAAUUAUGGCUAUAUCAAAUUCUUCUAUUGUAUUAUGCAAAUUUUCACCCUCAUAUACAUGCUCUUCUACAUAUUGAUGUUAUAUUGUUAUUGGUUGCAUUCCAUGACUGUGGCUCAAAAAAAACAAAUAAGACUUCAAUUGGGCUUAUACGACGUGGAUAAGAGAUAGAAUCGUCAAUAAUCCUGUUCAGAAGGAAAAAUAUUAACUAUAUAUAUAUAAAUAUACAAUAUACGAAAUAUGGUGUGAUACGUUUGGAGUUAACCGACUAAUAUAAUUUAUAUUUUUAAA